AUGGAGCCGGAUGCAGCUAUAGUUUGUGUAUCAGCGGAGAUGAUUGGGCUCGUGGUUGAAGCUUUGCUGCUCAGGGACCGGAUCAUCGACUCUGGCACGUCCUUGGUCUGGAAGGUUGUGUACUAUGGAUUAUCAGCGGCAGGUAUCCUCUGUCUUGCCUUGCUAAGAACUCCGUUCGUGUUUACGGAAGAACAAGUCGACGCCAGCCAGGUUGUCAAAGAUCUCACUGUCCUUGUAGCAGUGGUAGAGAAGGGAAGCCUAGUCGAUUCAGAUGAUGCCAACUAUGCUUUGUUAGCCGGAGCGGCCCAAGCCAUUGAAAUCGUGCUGCAGCGGAUCGACAUGGCCAGCAUCCAUCAAAACCGCCCUCUCAGACCGACAACGGAAUAUCCCGAUGUAACUUCCUCCCUAGAAACUUUGGACGGUUCUUGGGAAUCAUUGGGCUUCAACUACUUCCAGGAUUUACAAAAUCCGUUCUGGCAGACUAUUGCAGAGGGUCAUUUUGAUCCAAAUGGCAUGCCGGAGAUGUUAGCUCAGUAUGGAUCUUAG